ACUGCAGUCGACUCGAGUCUUGUCUGUGUCAUCUGUACUCUACAAAGCAAAGACAGCAGAGAUCAAAAUGGCCUUCUCAAAUGUACUGAGUGAUAGUGAUGUCGCUGCAGCCCUGGAUGGGUGCAAAGACGCUGGCACUUUCGACCACAAGAAGUUCUUCUCAGCUUGUGGUCUAUCCAACAAGACCUCCGACGACGUUAAGAAGGCCUUCGCCAUCAUCGACCAGGACAAGAGUGGUUUCAUUGAGGAGGAGGAGCUGAAGCUGUUCCUGCAGAACUUCAAGGCAGAUGCACGCGUGCUGACCGACGUCGAGACCUCGACUUUCCUCAAAGCCGGUGACACCGACGGUGACGGCAAGAUUGGCGCUGACGAGUUCACUGCAUUGGUUAAGCCAUAAAAUAGCAACUGACCAAUUACACAAGCUCUGAUGGAACAACAAAGCCCAUGUCGACCUCCCCCAUUUUCAUCUGAAUAUAAAUAAUUUUUAUACAUUUGCUUAUAAGAGACCUUUCCUCCUAUGCAACACACUGUCCAAAAUGAUGAUUGUGAAUGUCGCUCGGUUGUGUUCAUGUCUUAAAUAUGAAUUUUGCUUACUGUAAAAUCUAUGAUGCACUUUCCAGGAACGAACGGUAAAAAAGAAUAAAUAUUCUUUUGCUACGGUC